AUGCAUGUGAUGAACAAGCUAUUGAGGCAAAUAGUGAUUCAAAAGGGUGGUGGAGUUGAAGAAAAUAAACAAUAUGGAGAAGUGAUGGAGAAUACUAGUUUACUAUCCAAUCAAUUUGGGGAAGAAUUGAUGGAAGGAAAACAAAGCGAUAAUGUUGAAGAAAAGGAAUUAGUGAAAAUGGUUAACUCUGGAACGUUUGACAAUGAUAAUAGCAUGUUCAGAAAGAAGAUUUGGGUAGAAUGGGAUGACGAACUUCACGAAAAGUUUAUAAAUGCCGUCACAAAACUUGGAGAAGGAAGAUGCUAUCCAAGAGCGAUCCUCAAUUUGAUGAAUGUACCAGGCCUUACUAGAAUGCAAGUUGCAAGUCAUCUUCAGAGAUGUCGUAAUGUGAAUUGGUUGUCUCGAAAUAAAAGAAAAUAUAUACCUUCUGAUCAUGUUGAGAUGGUACCACUGAAGAAUAGAAGUCCAAGGAUGAAGACAAUGAGCUUUGGAUCUAUGCCUCAUGCAAACAACAUUAAUUUGAAUGAAAUCAUCACCACUUGUCCUCCAAACCAUGCAGAUGCUCAUAAACAUUAUAAUAGAGGUGCAAGAGAACUUGGAGAUAUAUUUAACAUGGAUGACGAGCAUAUUCUUUACAGUGAAGAUGGUGUUGAUAAUAUGCCUCAUAUUUAUUUAAAUGAAAGAGAUAAUGCUAAGGAUGCAGUUCUUUUUUCCGAGUUGAAUUCAAUGACUUUGUAUGCUAUGGUUGGGACAUCUCCACAUGGGCAACAUGGAAUGGAUUGCAAUGGAACCUUAGAAACACUUGUUCUUAACCAACUUAAGCAUAGUUAA